AACAAAACGGCUGUAAGAUUGCGGACUCCUAUCUAAGCUCUCAUUGCCUCUUAUCAAAAACACAGCCGUCACCCGAACUUCACUUUGAACUUGGAAGAAAACACAAAACGAGACAAAAAACAUCAUUAUUGUCAAUGACAGUAGUUUCCGGUUAUAUUACUCGAAUUAUAAUUGUAAACCGACAAUGUUUAUUGUUGGACUGACAGGCGGCAUAGCCACGGGAAAAAGUACAGUAUGUCAAGUAUUCAGAGAAUACGGAAUUCCAAUCGUGGACGCUGAUGUAGUAGCCCGAAAAGUUGUUGAGCCUGGAAAACCCGCAUUGCACAAAAUACACAAUGAAUUUGGAGCUGAAGUGAUCAAUAAUGAUGGAACGCUCAACAGAGUUAAAUUGGGGGAAUUGAUAUUCGACGACGUUGAAAAAAGAAGAAAAUUAAAUGCUCUCACACAUCCAUACAUAUAUAAAGAAAUAUGCUGGCAGGCAUUUAAAUAUUUUCUUCAAGGACAUCCGUUUAUCGUUAUGGAUCUUCCACUGCUAUUUGAAAGUGGCAAAAUGCUCAAUUUUUUGCACAAAAUCAUCGUUGUUACGUGCGAAGAAGAUCUCCAACUCCAGCGCCUAAUGGAGCGUUCUGGAUUCACUGAAAGUAAAGCAAAAUUACGAAUUGAGGCGCAAAUGCCUCAAGAUAAAAAAGUCGAAAUGUCAAAUUUUGUGAUAGAAAAUUCGAGCAGUUUACAGGAUAUGAGAGAUCAAACGAUGAAGAUAAUAUAUUUACUAAAAAGUUCUAAACAUCAUUGGAGAUUAAGACUUAUUCUUGGUUUCUGCUGUACUAUUCUUUUAGGAGGUGCCUUCUGGCUUAGAAAUGGAAGCACCAAAGCCCAUUUAAAUGCUCCAUAAAACUAUUACAUACAUCUACUUACCUUGGAUUCAUUAAGAUUGUCCGAUUAUUAGAUGAUCACUGAAUCUUAUCACGAUUGUCUCCUAAUGUAUUUAUAAAGACCGAACGAUCGAAUUUUUCAUCAAUGGAAAAUCUCAAAAUUGAGUGAAUUCUGAUUGCAAAUUAGUCAGCUAUGACGAGUGAAUCCAUGAGGAAUAAGCAUAACAGGCGUUUGAUAAUAAAUAUCGAUAGUAUGCAAAUUCAACCUGUUUAUCAUUUUUAGAAUAGGAUAUUUCCAUCUAGAAAAUUAAAUGCAUUUAACACACUCUUCAUUCUCCUUUAAUUCGUGAAGCGAUCGAUCAAUUUUAUUUUUUUCCAAGGGCAAAUUUGUACGGUGAUAAUAAAAUGAAUUCUAUAAAGGACAAAUUGUUAAUUUAUCAUUAAUUGUGAAUCAAUGUAGGGGCGCACAGAGAAUUAAAUAAAUAAGUUGGUGAAAAUAUUCA